AUGUACGAAGAAAGUAAGAUGAACGCCUCCCUGCGAGGGAGUAGAACGAUGGAAUUGCCUGACGUCGUUAACCUGGUGCGAAGUGAAACUGGCUCAAUUUACGAAUGGGUCGAAAGCAACAUCCGGGAAUCAUCAAACUCAAGGCGCGUCCUGUCAGCACUCAAUAAAUUUGAGCAAAAAUUCGAGGGCAUCUUCAAUCAGUACGGCGUUUUACUUUGUAAAACAAAAGACUCCUCUCGAAUCAGCUUUCUUGGUUUUUUCGAUGACUUAGUCGAAGGAAGGGAUGGAGAUUCGUACAACGAUGAUGAUGAGCACAUUGGAAUCUCCCCUGGAAGAGGUCUAGCUCCUCUCCCCAGAUUCGAGCAGACAUCGAAUCAACAUGGAUCAAGUGAAUUUUCAGAGAAAUACGCUUCUCUCAAGCCCAUCUUGGAACGAAUCCGAGAUACCAUCACGAAAUUCACGAGUGCCUGCGCCAAGCAUGACAAUUUUCUUGAACGAGUCCAGAAGAUCGAAAACCGGGGGAUCAAUGCUUUACUUGAUGAAAUGAUGUCCUCCGAAUAA